CAGCCGGAGAGCCACAGGUUGGUGACUCACUAUCCUUGAGUAUCUGAAGUAUCUUUUUUUGGUCAUGGCAAACUGCGUUCUUCAUAGCAUCUGAAUGCAUUGCACCGACUGCUCCUCCAGCUUCCUGCUUUACAGUGCUCUUCACCAUAACCCGGCCCACACUUGUGAGUGUGCCUUUUGUGUGUGCAUGGGGUGUGCAGCGUGAGGCGUGCCUGUCAUACUGACUGUCAGGGGAAAGGCACUGUGAUUAGGAAGCAGACAAACAAACACACAAGGAGGGGGAAGUGUCUCCGAGAUGAUCCCGAUGAGCAGGACACUUCUACACUUGACUCUUCACUUGCUCUAGGAACACACUUGAAGGAGGUCCGAUACCAGGAGAACUUUCCAAGCCGCCCCCAUAGGCACAGCUGGCUUCACGAAAAGGAUUCUCCACUUAGAUUAAGCCAAACUUUUAAGAUAGUCUUAUAGUACAUUCUAAAAAGUAGAGCUGGGGAGGGUUGUCAGAUGGAGCCUACUGACUGCAAGAUGAAAAAAUCCAAGCAGACCCAAGACAAGUGUUAAGGGGGAUGUGUGGAUGCAUUAGGAAUGCCUUAUGUGGAUCGGAAGAACAGAACCUGUGGGUUUCUGGACAUCGAAGAUGGAGACAGUGGGAGAUUCCUCCGAAGAUAUUUUAUCCUGGAUACCCAGGCCAAUCACCUGAUCUGGUAUAUGGAUAACCCCCAGAACCUGCCCAGGGGUGCAGGAGCAGUGGGAUCCCUAAAACUGACAUAUAUAUCCAAAGUCAGCAUAGCUGCUGCGAAACAGAAGUCAAAGCUGACGCAUUGCUUGGUUAUCAAUGCCUUAUCUCAAAGAUAUUUUCUUCAAGCCAGUGACCAAAAGGAUCUUCAGGGAUGGGUCGAUGCCUUAAAUGCAGCAAGUAAAAUCACAGUACCCAGACCAGGAUCGGCUCAGACCCCUGAAAUAGGAUCCACUGGAUCUGGAUCCCAGGAGAAGAAGUCUCAGACUGCAUACAAGACAGAGAUCAUUGGUGGAGUAGUCGUGCAGACUCCCAUUAACCAGAAUGGAAAUGAAUGCCCGGAGGUUUUCCAGCCUGAAGUGUUCCCUCACACCACGCUCCGACGCAGUCAGAGCCUUAUGCCUCAACACCUUCAUAAACCUUCAUCUUCUGUCUGUGCUCUGAAGAGUGGAUAUUGUGUCAAGCAAGGAAACAUGAGGAAAAAUUGGAAAAGAAGAUUCUUUGUCUUGAGCAGUCUUAGUAUUAGUUACUACAAAUGUGAAACGGAUCGGGAACCUCUGCGCUGUAUUCAUCUUAGGGAAAUUUUGAAGACACAUGAAUGUCUUGUUAAAUCUGGGGAUUUGCUGAUGCGGGACAAUCUGUUUGAGAUUAUUACAGCCCCAAGAAUAUUCUACAUCCAGACGGACAGUCCUCAGGAAAUGCACAGCUGGAUAAAGGCCAUCAAUGCUGCCAUACAAACCCUAUGGACUCGCUGUCGGGACCCCUUUGGCCGCAUGUCAUUACACCGCACUUCUAUUCCAGCCUCAUCUCCGGCCUCCGCCCACUCUCUACCACCAUGUGAUGUCAAAAGACCUCUGGGCAAAUCAAUGUCCAUCAAGUCAUCAUGGCAGCCGUGGACUCCAGUGCCCAAAUGUGAAAAAGCGUCAAUUGGAGAAGAGACAUUGGGAGGUUCUAGGGAGGGGGAAUUUGGGGUACGAGCCAGGCACAUGUCUGAACCCCAGCGCUUAAAAGAUGAACCAUUUCUAUUUAACCUAGAUAACAUAAACAUCCGUACUUCAGAUGUCUAAGACUCAGCCUAGUAUACAAGGGAGACAAGAUGCUGCCACAUCGACAGACUCUAUGCGUGUUACGAUGGAGAACUAUUACACAGUAUUUUCUUUUUAUUUGUGGAGUUUUUUCCUGAAAGGCUUCAUUGCUUUGUUACUGCCAUGGUCUUGGCACUUAACUGUGAAAUUUUCUGAUCUGUUUUUUUCAACUCAAUAUCAUUAAUAACUAGCGGGCAUUUUAUCUCACCCAUGUGCAGUCCAUAUCAGCAGAUGACAUCUCCAGGUAUUAUGUAUGUAUAUGACCAUAUGUCUUGUUGUGCUGAUCAGAGUUAGGCCUUCUCUUCUUUGAGGUCAAGAUUACAUUUUGUACAGUGCAAAAAAUGUGAAUCCAAAUAAAAGAGUGAAUAGUA